CACCCGAGCGCAGAACCAUCAAAUCAAUCAUGAACCCUUGAUACCAUGUUGUGAAGUCCAAGUAAACCACAACGCACGUGCAGCGAAAGCAUCAUUACACGGAUAAUAUCAGACCACAGCCAACCGAAGCAGUGCACUAACGAGCACAUGGAGAAGAGUUAUGUCUACCAGUCAAUAAGUUCUUGUAGAAUCUUGAGCCUAGACAAUGUAAACCAUGAGAGCGAAACUAGCACACAUGAAUGAAGAAGUGUAAUACCAUAUCAACCAGUUGAAAAUUUCUUGUAGCAGCAUCUGGAUAUUGCACAAUCCACAGAGCAUAAACCAGCACCACCGACCAUAUUUGUGUCUACCACUAGUUUCCACGACUAAGCAUACGUUAGAAAGCACAAUCAGAGUAAACCUUAGUUUGCCGAGUCCUCCACCAGCACAAUCCACAGAGCAUAAACCAGCACCACCGACCACAUUUGUGCCUACCACUAGUUUCCACGACAACGCAUACGUCAGAAAGCACAAUCAGAGUAGACCUUUAUUUGCCGACCCGACAGUCCACCAGCGCUCCAUUCUGGGAGACAGGCAAGGUAAAUUAGCCAAAGAUCCCUGCCAAAUCAACUUGGCAAAUGCAACAACUGCAUUCCAACUUAAGGCUCAAGGAAAAAAUUACGCAAACCAAACCCCUGGCACCAGCAUGAUAACCCAACAAGGUGCAAAGUAGCUGACACCAAUCGUCCUUUGGGACCAGAUAGCAUGACAGACAAAAACCAAUCAACGCUGCCCCAAGUCCAGUCAUGCGGAAUCAAAUUGCCUGGAUAAAUCAUAUAGACCAAAGCACAACAUAUGACCAGUAAACAGAAACCAAUAGCUGUAAAACAUACGACAUUGCUGACAGAUUAUCACCUCAAGAGAGCGUUGAUACCUACACAAAAGAGAGGAAAAUAAAAAACAGUGGACAAUAAGGGAGUACACAACUGAAAGUGAACAAAAAGGACCAGGUGAGAAGAACUGAUUUCAUAAUGCCCUAAUAGGUGAAGAGAGAACACUUCCGGCCACCAACACCAGCACAUGGAAUCACUCCUGCCUUCUCCCCACCUGAUGGCAGAACUCGAACAAGAGACAGACUACAUACAGCCAUCAAGAAACCAUACAAAGAAACCAAAAGAUGCGAGGAUAACCAAUGCUGGCCGGUGUGAGUAUUGGCAUUCUCAACAUAAACAAUCCAUUAUAUCACUAAUGCAUUUGUUGCAUUCCUAGCAGUUGGCUUCUAUGUAUAAGAAAAUCAGGUCAAACAACUCACUAAACAGAUGGGGGACAGAAUGAUGUAAAGAAUAGUCCAGAGCAGCUCCUGCAAGGAUCAUCAAUUAGUGGCAAGAGGCUCACUUUAACAUGGCAACCAUGUACUGCGACACAGCGCGAGACAGAAACCUGUCUUGCUUUGCAUACCACUGUUCAAUGCCAAACAGAGAACACGAUGUCACCAACCCAAUACCAGAAAACGAUUUAUUGUGAAGCACAAACCACCACUAAAUGAAAGGUAGAACAGGUAGAGGGCAAGAAGAACUCAUGUAUUGAUAUCAUGACCAGUGCAACCCGUGUGUUAAAUGCUCUAGCCACCAAAAACCAGAGCAUAAUAUCAGUCUACAUCUACCCCCAGAGUAGACAACUCGUUCGCUCCAGAACUACCACCACCAACAGAGAAAGCAAGAAUAACACAGCAGUCAAUGACAUAAUUUGACAUCCCAGAAGUACGAUGGAAGGAAAGGUUAACAGGUGGGAGAAAAGGAAGAACUCAGUCUGUCACGAUGAAGCAAGAUAUCCGCUAUCAGUUCAACUCCUGUGAGGACACACUGCACAACUACGCCAAAAUUUGUCCGCUCCAGAACUACCACCACCAACAGAAAGCACAGACAGAAAGCAAGGAAUCCACAAGACAAUUAAUGACAGAGUUUAACAUCCCAGAAGUACUGUGGAAAAACAGGAAAAAAGAUGGAGAAAAGGAAGAACUGUUGUCAAGUCGGUUCAAUCGAUGAAGCAAGAUAUCUGCUAGCUUCUCUAGCUGCCACAACUCAUCCGCCUAAGUAGUACCACCAACAAAAGAGUACAGAAAGAAAGCAAGAAAAUACAAGAGAAUCAAUGGCAUAAUAUAUAAUAUGAUCCCAGAAGCACGAUGGAAGAAUAGAACAGGUGGGACGAAAGGAAGAACUCAGCCAAGUUAAUCUGAUCGAUGAAGCAAGAUAUCUGCUAACUCUUCUUAGACACCUAAGACCUUAUAUCAGUUCGCCAACUGCUGUGAGAACACAGUGUGCUUUGCCAAGAUUUGUCCACUCCAGAACUACCACCACCAACAGAAUGCACAGAAAGAAACCAAGGAAAGAACAAGAAAUCAAUGACAGUUUAACAUCCCAGAAGUACAGUGGAAGAACAGGAAAAAAAAUGGGAAGGAAGAACUCUUGUCAAGACGUUCGAUUGGUGAAGCAAUAUAUCUGCUAGCUGCUCUUAGCCACCUAACACAUGUAUCUCGGUCCACCACCUUCUGAGAGGACACAGACUGUAAAAGACCUUGCCACUGUAUUACAGCCAACAUAAAACAUAUAGACAAGGCGUGGGGAAACCAGAAAAUAAUCAAGACAAAACAGAGUGGACAACGAUGAGCAUUAACAAGGUAAGAGGAACUCAUUUCUUUUAGGUGAGGUUGAUGAAGCAUGCUCAAUGCUCUAAGCAUCCAACCACCAGUUAAUAUUAACCUACAUGUCACUUGAGUGCAGAACCACAAAAUAGAAUACCAAAAAUCACCAUGAACAAAAACAUAGAAAGAAUGCAGUGCUCACUUAUCAGAUAAGUUAUCUGAUCUUCGAAGAAACCACGUCAGAUCAUGCCAAGAAUACAGGAAAGAUCACUGACAAGAAUCAACCGGAACGACAGCUCGAGAAAGCAAGACACUAACCAAAACCAUGGAUAAUCCUUCAUUGCCAGACCCAAUGUAACCUGACAGUUCACCAAACAUAGAGCACAAUGUCACCAACAAAACAACAUAAAACUACCCACCCACAAUAGACCACCAACUUCUUACAAAACCUCCAGUCUGUAAAAUUGCUACCGGAUGAGAUGUAUACCAAUCUCCCCCAGCAUCUGUAAUGAACAUAUAAGAACAGAUCAAUGGCAACAUCUAACAUCCCUAAAGUGCACAAAAGAACAGGUGAGAGGGAAGGAAGAGCUUAUAAUCAUCUGUUCUGCUUAAUACUGCCCAACCAAACCAGUAUACCGGACCCCCAGCAUCUGUAAUGAACAUAUAAGAACAGAUCAAUGGCAACAUCUAAGAUCCCUAAAGUACACAAAAGAACAGGGUGAGAGGGAAGGAAGAGCUUAUGAUCAUCUGAUCUGCUUAAUACUGUCCAACCAAACCAGUAUACCGGACCCCCAGCAUCUGUAAUGAACAUAUAAGAACAGAUCAAUGGCAACAUCUAAGAUCCCUAAAGUACACAAAAGAACAGGGUGAGAGGGAAGGAAGAGCUUAUGAUCAUCUGAUCUGCUUAAUACUGUCCAACCAAACCAGUAUACCGGACCCCCAGCAUCUGUAAUGAACAUAUAAGAACAGAUCAAUGGCAACAUCUAAGAUCCCUAAAGUACACAAAAGAACAGGGUGAGAGGGAAGGAAGAGCUUAUGAUCAUCUGUUCUUCAUAAUACUGUCCACCCAAACCAGUACAUCGGACCCCCAACUCCUGAGAGGAAAAGCAACAUGAAAAGAAACCAGGCUACUAUCACCACCAACAUAAAAACAUCGAAAUUUAAGGCCAAAAACUUAGGCAAACCAAAAAUAACAAUUAACCAACUCCUCUUUGGUCAGAGCUGAAUGUCAAUCAGUACUUUGAAAGAAACACGGCCAAAACCUGAAGAUUCAGAAGAUAACGGACAAAACCAUUUAGCUCCACCAUAGUAUCUAAUGAUUUCUAUUGAAAAACAAUAGACACUAGGACUAGAG